AUGCCAAGCAAACAAAGAAAAAUCGCUAUUAUGGGUUACCGUUCUGUUGGUAUGUUAAAGUGUAAUUAAAUAUCUUUAGCAAUUAAUUAUAUUUUGAAAAAAUAUAAUAAAUUUCGGAUUUGCAUUAAUUAUAAUUUGUAUUACGAUUCAAAUUUUGUUUUUCUUCAGGUAAAUCUUCCUUGAGCAUCCAGUUUGUUGAAGGUCAAUUUGUUGAUUCCUAUGAUCCGACAAUUGAAAAUAGUAAGUCAUUCAGUAACAUUAAAUAGUAGGACCUAAUUAUAAUGAAUAGGUGCACCAUUAAAUGUAAUGUCACAUGUUAUAUUAUUACAAGACAUUAAAAUAAUCUGUUUUUAUAGCUUUUGUGAAAACCACAAGAGUAAAAAACCAAGAAUAUGAAUUGGAAUUGGUCGAUACAGCUGGACAAGAUGAAUAUUCUAUAUUAUCCGAACCAAAUUAUAUUAAAAUUCAUGGAUAUGUAUUGGUGUAUAGCAUUACAUCAACAAAAUCGUUUGAAAUCAUACAAAUUAUUCAUGAUAAACUAUUGGACAUGACUGGCAAAAUACAGUAAGAAACUUCUUUAUCAAUUAGUUAAUAUACCUACUUGUCUUAACUGUCUUAUGACAUUAUAGUGUUCCUGUAGUUUUGGUUGGAAAUAAAAAAGAUUUGCACAGUGACCGUUGUGUCUCAAAGGAUAAAGGCCAAGCAUUAGCCAAUUCGUGGAAAGCUAAAUUUUUUGAAGCUUCAGCAAAGCAGAAUGAGGUAAUAUUAAAAAUAGUUUGAACUUAAUUAACUUCCUUCUUAUCUGCUUCAUAUAAUUAUUAAUUUUAUAUUUCCUAUUCCUCCUUAUUAUAUUAGUAUAAUAUCUACAUUGUGUUGUUUUCUAUACAAUUUUCUACUAAUCAUUCAAUUUUGUUGGUAAGUAUAUAUCAAAACAAAAUAAAGUCAUGUUUAGGAUAACUAACCUAAUAUUACAUUUGUAUUUGUAAAUUUUAGUGUGUUGAUGAUAUAUUCCAUACAGUAUUAAUGGAAACUGAAGACAAAUCUGAUCCAAUUGGGCCGAAACAAAUGUCUACAUGUAGUAUUUCAUGA